AUGAAAACGCAAAAAGGCCUGUUCAGAAGGUAUGCGAAGCAAGUAAUCCAGAAGUUCAUAAAGUAUACAAAAAAUUACGUAAAAGAUAUAACAGAGGAGAUAAAUGUAAAAUCAUUUAAGAAAUACAAGUACAACUUUUUCUUUGAAUUUAUUGGAUCCUUUAUUUUUGUUUUUUUCAUUUCUGUGUAUAUGUUAAAUUCUAAUCAAAAUGAAGAAUACGUAAUUAAACACACCAAGCAGAUAAACCCAUACAAAAACAAAGAUAUAUUUAUCCCUGGUGACAAUCUCUUCGAUAAUGAAAUCAACAAUGUGCAAUACGGAAAUGAUUUAAAUGGGUCAACAAAUGUGGAGAGUAUUUUACUGGAACAGAAUAUUAAAGAUGAUGCAACCUUUAAAACGAAGGAGGAACAGUCUAACGUGGACAGACAGGUUAACCAAGCGGAAGGGAAUAAUCGCACAAAUGGCUUGAAUGGGUCAGAAAAUAUUGAAAAUAUAGUGGAAGAAACAAAGGAGAGCCUUGUGCAAAAACGUGAGACGGGAGAUGGAACCUCCGAGGGAUAUUCCACAAAUGAUGGACAGACAGGUGUAACAGGGGUAAGUGGAAAUAAUAACGUGCUUGAAUCUGUGGAGAAGGAUGAGACCCAAAAGACGGAUUCCCAAAAUGGAUACAAUGAAAAGAGCAUAAGUCAACAGGACAUUUUAACACAGUCAGAUAGGCCCAGCGAGGGGGUAGUAGUAAAGGGAACCACCGGAGAUGUUGAAGGUGGGGGAAACCGAGACAUCCACAAUAGUCAACUUGAGGAAAAUAAACAAGAAGAAAAAAGCGCGAAGGAACAAACCAAGGAAGGACUUACCAAAAAUGUCGGAAAAGUCAUUUUUAAAGACCAUGUAAACGAAUACAGCAAGAUAAAAUUAAACGACAUUAACAAUAUCGAUUUGGGAGAUAUUGAUAAAUACGAAGUGAUGAAAGAUUCGGGAAAUAAACAUAAUAGCAACCAUGCAGUUUACUCCUUCUUUGGGUGUUUAAUAUAUGUCUUAUUUGUGAUAUUAGGGGCACAUAUCAAUCCAGCAUAUACCUACGCGUUAUGGCUAGUGGAACCAAAAAAAUAUGGAUUUGUAAUCACUACGUGCUAUGUUACAUUUCAGUACUUUGGGGGCAUCUUGGCAAGUAUCCUGUGCGCACAUUUGUACGGAAGUAUAUUUAUCUAUGCCUUAUUACCAAAAAAGGAAAUUAUGAAAACUUUUUUUUGUGAAUUUAUUUCCACCUUUUUGCUAACCCUACUGCUACUAAGUUUGUAUAAUUACAAAAAAAAAUUUAUGGAAGAAAAUAAAAAUGAAAGUUCGCUCAUUUUUAACACGACAAAUGGAAAGAAUAUGACGUCACUGUACACCUUUAGCAGUUAUGAAGAUAUAUACGGAAGUGAUGUUUUUAAUUCAUAUAACUGGGCAGGGAGAAAAGAAAACUUUUUCUUUCAUCUUGACAAUAAAUAUAUAAAAUAUAUAAUGAAUCAUAUAUUUUAUUUACUAUUCAUUUUUUUUUCUUUACUAUUUUUUGUUUUUGUAACGAACACGACGUUAAAUCCAAUGUUCUCCACGUCCACCCUGUACACUUAUUUAUACUUUAAAUUUUUUCAAGCGAAUGGUUCUUUUAACAUCUCUUCAGUUGUGUUGUCCUUUUUAAGUGUCUCCAAAAUAUUGCAGUUAGUGAAAUUGUACAUUACGUCGUUACCUCUGUGGAUAGGGCCUUAUGUCGGAUCAGCCUUUGCGACAGCCUUUAUGAAAUUGUUCAAGGAAGGAGAAGAAGAAAUUGUUAAUGUCAUUGACACCAAUGUGUAUAGCAGUAACAAACGAAAUGAGAGGAUGCCGCUGAUAGGGAAACAUAACGUCAAGCGAAAUGCCUACCUCGUGGAAUAUGACGACAAUAUUCACCAUAAUUCGAGCAACUACUUAAUUCCGAGUGUCUUUUAA